AUGUCGGAGCAAGAUAGAGAAAGCGAGCCCGUGCCUUCGCCGCCCGCGCAAACCUCAGACGACAGAGUCAUCCUUCGAGUCGGCGACCGCCGCUUCACCACGACCAAAUCCACCUUGACGGACGGAAGCGACUGGUUCCGUGCCUUCUUCUCCGGCCGGUGGAACCAUGCGCUGAUGGACGGAGCAUACUUCAUCGACGCCGAUGGCGACCUUUUCGAGCACAUACUGCGGUACCUGCGACGUAAGGUCUUUCCCAUCUUCUACGACAACGCGAAGGGUCACGAUCACGCCAUGUAUCUCGCGCUGAUGAAAGAAGCGGAGUACUACCAAAUCGAACCGCUGCGGCGCUGGAUUGAGGAUAAGAGCUACCGGACAGCCGUCGUAGUAUGGUAUUCUGUUAAGGUGUGCAGAAAUUACGACGGUUCCAAUGAGCUCUUCCCAAGCAAUCACGAGAUUCAGCACAUCCCUUUCUUUGAGGAGGAGCAGGUUUACAUCUGUCCGCGUGGCAUUGCACUUCACAGGGGAAGACCGGGAGCCUGCGGAAAGCAGUGCAAGAAGGUCCAGGGCGAUACCGAGGACAUCUAUGUGACUGAGGAAGUCCUCAAGAUGGUGGUUAUCGAGAAGAGGACCACCAUCCUGCGGGAUUCAUGUACGGAGCUUGCGGACUGGAGUGAUCAGGACACGCCCCUUUAA